UUCAAGCUGAAGAACAUCCGUCUGUGUCGGGAACCAUGAAGACUCUGCUGGCUCUCACAGUCCUGGUUCUCCUCUGCUUCCUGAAACACAGCUCUGCCAAACCAGUUGGUAUACAGAUGACAAUAACAAAUCCUGAAUGCUGUGAGACCAUGAGUAAUAAAAUCUACAUACCAAAGAACAAGGUGACACAUGUGGUGAUGACCAGCGGCUGCCCUCGUGAAGCAAUCAUAGUCAGUACUGAGAAAAGGCGGAUCUGCCUUGAUCCUGAAUGGAAACAUGCACAGAUGCAUCUGCAAGAAUUUAAGAAAAAAUCAUCAGCGAGCACUUUAAGGCCCUGAGAAUGUUGAAGGAGCUCUAAAAAUGGCAGAAAGUAGUUUGUUACAGAUAAAUUCUGUUUUGUAGUCAGACUCUUCUGCAAAUCAUGUCUGCAGAACUUUAUUUAUAAUUAAUGAUGAUUACACUGACAAGU